UAUAGACUUCAUGUUUUGCUAUCUUUUUGGUGCUAUUUUUGCAUAUAUUUUGUCAUCUGUGUAUUCAUGUGAGCUCAUAACAGCGCCAAAGUGCAUGAAUAUAGGAUACACAAUGACAACGUUUCCAAAUACUCUAGGACAUAGAUCACAAACGGAGGCAAAACAAGAUUUGAAUGCUAUUUGGCCAUUGGUAGAAAUUGGAUGUAGUGCGUCUUUAAGGGGAUUUUUGUGCAGUUACUAUUUCCCAAAAUGCGAUCCAGCUGUGAAAGAAAUAUCUCAAACAUUACCAAGUCGAUAUCUUUGUGAAAAUUCUCGAAAGGGAUGUGAGCCUGUGAUGAACAAGUUUGGUUUUCCUUGGCCAUCUUACUUUGAAUGCAAUAAGUUUCCAGGUGGCUGUGAACCAACAACUAUACCUAUGUGUGCACAAAAGUUGAAAAAGACCAAAUUUCCCAACCGGUUCGGUCACAAAAACCAACACGAAGCAGGUCUUGAAGUGAACAAGUUUUAUAUAUUUGUGGAAGCAGGUUGUAGUGAUUUUUUUCAAGACUUCCUCUGUUCAGUGUAUUUUCCAGAAUGUAACCCACAAGUUGGUAGUGAACGUUGGAACCUAUUAUUGUGCAAUACUGUUCGUGCAGAAUGUGAACCAAUUAUGAACGAGAUUGGUAUGAACUGGCCGAACGAACUUAACUGUGAACAGUUUACCAGUGAUUAAUGUAGAAGUUUAUCAAUAAGUUUAUUUCAGUUGGGAGAAUAAUUGCUUUUAAGACGAAAAUUGGUUGCAAUAAUAUAAAAAUAUUUGCUAAAACAAAUGGACAGACACAUAGAUAACUUUAGACAAGACAGCAUAGAAAUAAAUAUUUUGAAAAACAGAAUGCAGAAAACAACAUUUUAAUGUGUACAAGAGUGAAAUAUAUUUUUCACAAGGACAAGCCCAGAUAAGCAUGCGUAUGCUUAGCAACAGUUAAAUUAAACGACCAAUGCACAAAAGAGUCCUCGUGUAAUGGUUACAUAUGCGUUCUCUUAAGUUUUAUCUGUAAAAUGUCUCUUUGCGUAAACAAUAUUCCAUAAGCAAGCAACUGUGAUCGGAUUCAUGUUUACUUAUUCGCAUAAUCCCGCCAUUUUUGCUCUUAUAUGGCGUGAAUCAAACACUAACCGAUUAUUCAGUAAUAUACUACCAUGUUUUCUUAGACCAGAUAACAAAUAUGUAUAUCUUGAUACAAUGAACUUUAUAAUCGUACAAAACAUGUCCCUUACCGCACUGACUUCAUUAGAUCAUUACCAAACUCUUUUUUCGGGGCUAUUUA